UUUGGAAUGCUCUAGCUGUUUCAUUGGUUUCUUCUCCAUCAUUUGAAUCUUUUGAUGAUAAUUAACAUAAGAAAUGAUCUCAUUUAGGUAAUGCGUGAAUGUCCUACAAAUUUAUCCAAAGCUGUAAUUUCCAAUUGUUAUAGCCUGUAAGUUAACAAUCUGGUUUAGUUGAAAUGCAUCCACCAAAAUUUGAAUGGUUUUGCAGUCUCGGCAAGAAAGAGGAAGACUUUAUUACUGUUUUGCAAAGUUUUGGAUGGCUUAAUGCUGUCACUGCUAAUGAAAGAGGGAGAAACUUUUUACCUUAAAGAGAGAAAAGACAGGUAUAAUAGAUAAUGAAAUCCGCAGAAGAUUAGGGGGGUUUAUUUUGCAUUUCUAGCCAAAAAUAAUGGAGCUGGAUUUUACUCUUUUGGUUUAAAAGAUGAUACAUAAAGAGAACUCAUGCCAUGUAUCUCUAGUGCCUUUUUUGUUUUACCUAGAAGAAAAAAGAAAAAGAACUGCAACAGAUCUGAUGGAUAUUCUCUUUUAGGAACCUGCUGUAAUCGCAAAUCCAUCACCAGGGUGUAAUGGGACAUUGUUGGUCCACGGUCUGCGGUUGUUGUAAUAAUUGUCAUGGAGGUAAUGAAGAAAGUAGUGUUCAUAAAGAGAAUUAUCGUAAAGAAUUUGCCAGUAGAAAUGUUCACCUUCUUACCACUACGGAGAAAUGGAAUGAAAAAAUAUCAGAAGCAAGUAGGGAUGGGAAGAUUACGGUCGUAAAUUUCAGUGCAUUGUGGUGCCCAUUUAAAACAACUGCACAAGCCUUCUGCGAGCUUGCAGAUAAAUAUUCCUCGGUCAUAUUUCUAACAGUUGAUGUUGAUGAGCUUGCAGAACUGAGUACUUCAUGGGAAAUUAAAGCAACUCCAACAUUCUUCUUCCUUAAAGAUGGGCGACAAGUUGACAAACUUGUUGGAGGAAACAUGGCGGAGCUCCAGAGGAAGACUGCUGAUAUUGUCAAUCUUGAGUCUAGGUCACGUAAUUGACUCUUAUUCCUGAAAACUGGCUUAUUUUCCAUUCCAUUGUCCAAUCAGAAUUUCUGUUACCAUGUAGUCGUGUCAGCAACCACUGCCAGGCACUGGUGCAUCAAUUUUUGAAAAAUCUGAUAUUUGCACGUGAGAUAUGAGAGCAUUGGUUUUUCAGACAAAAAGUUAAAAACUGUGUACUCAGUAGGGCGUUUAGAGCAGGAAACUAACAAAGAAAAGUUGCAAAUUCUUGAUGGAUAUUGCUGUGAAUCCUGACUGUACCAGUGGAUUUGUCAGAAAUUGAGAGAAGGGAUGCGUGAUGGAAAGGAUCUUUCUUAUACUACUCUCAUAUGAGGGGAAGUCUCCUGGAUCUGAGAGUGCUCAUGGACUUGGAUUGCAUUACUCUCAAGAUGUAUAUUUAUAUUAGUCAAGUGAUAAUUCUAGAGGCUCAAGGAUAACCACAUCAUUAAUGCAUUGAACCUGUAAGACCUAAAAGGACUGUUUGGAAAACUCAACUCAACAUUAUUCUAGAUUUCAACAUUAAUUCCAACAGGAUUUGCUUCGUAUGCUCAACAUCAGGAAUUGUCUGUAAUCAUUAAAAUGAUUUCAUUCAACCAUGCCAAGGAGAUCAUGAUCCGAUUAUAUGUACUCAAA